UUGUCAUGGCCGACGCGGAACGCCAGCAGCACGGCCGAGGCGACGGCGGGCGCCCCCACUUCCUCAUCGUGGCCUACGGCAUCCAGAGCCACCUCAACCCGUGCCGCGUCCUCGCGCGUCGCCUCGUGCAGCUACACGAUGCAGACGGCUCAGGCCCCGUCCUCGCCACGCUCUCGGUCCCCCUGUUCACCCACCGCCGCAUGUUCCGUUCGUCCGGCAACGGCGAGCCGGAGGGGGCGGAGGCCGCAGACGGUGCCAUCUCUUGCGUUCCCUUCUCCGACGGCGUCGACGACGGCACCACCGCCAGGGGCCCCGAGGAGAGGGCGCGCCGCCGCCGCGCGUCCGCCGAGAGCCUCUUUGCGGUCGUCGCGCGCCUCGCCUCCCGCGGCCGGCCCGUUACGUGCAUCAUGUGCAGCAUGAUGCUCCCCUGGGCACUGGACGUCGCGCGGGAGCACGCCAUCCCGUUGGCCUUGUUUUGGAUACAGCCGGCAACCGUCCUCGCCACCUACUACCACUACUUCCACGGCUACGGCGAGCUCAUCGCGUCCCACGCUGCCGACCCCGCGUACGAGCUGACUCUGCCCGGGCUGAGCCGGCCUCUCAGGAUCCGUGACUUCCCGUCAUUCCUCGUCGACACGACCGGAGGUGAGGUGGGCAAGGUCGUCAACGCGGUGUUCUGUGAGCUGUUCGAGUUCAUGGACGAGCAGAGGCGGAAUGUCAAGGUCCUCGUGAACACUUUCGACGAACUGGAGCCGGCGGCGCUGGCGGCCAUGAGGGAGCACAUGGAUUUGUUCGCCGUCGGCCCCGUGGUCGGGUCGUCGGCCGAGCCGCGGAUCCAUCUGUUCAACCACGCUGGUGACGACAAGUUGAGGUACAUGGAGUGGCUCGGGGCGCAGCCGGAGAGGUCGGUGGUGUACGUCUCGUUCGGCAGCAUAUGGACGUACAGCAAGCAGCAGAUGGAGGAGAUCGCGGACGGGCUGCGGCGGUGCGGACGGCCGUACCUGCUCGUGGUGCGCAAGGACAAGCGGCAGGAGGAUGUGAGCGGCUGCCUCGAGGACGUCAUGCAGGAGAGGAAGGGCAUGGUGGUGGAGUGGUGCGACCAGCCGGAGGUCCUCUCGCACCCGUCCGUGGGGUGCUUCGUCACCCACUGCGGGUGGAACUCGACGCUGGAGGCCAUGGCGCUGGGCGUGGCUGUCGUCGCCGCGCCGAGCAUGUUCGACCAGCCGACGAACGCGAUGUUGAUAGAGGAGGAGUGGGCUGCCGGCGUUAGGGGAGAGCGCUGUAAAACUUAGGGUUUUGGAAAACUGCACGACACCCGUUAAGGGUGUGGCUAUCUCAUAUAUAUAAGGGGUACACCAAGGUGUACGAUACAAUAUACAAGACAUAUACAGAAGCUAUAUGUAAAUACAGUCUAACACCUUCCCUCAAUCUUAACUAUGCCCUGAAGUACAAAGUAUGUUAAGAUUGCGCCUGCAGCCUACAAACUGAGGUUGUGGAAGAGGCUUCGUGAAAAUGUCAGCAAGUUGAUCUUUGGAGGAGAUGAACUUGAUGUGGAGUAGCUUCUGUGCAACACGUUCCCGUACAAAAUGAUAGUCAACUUCUAUGUGCUUUGUCCGAGCAUGAAACACUGGAUUAGAUGAGAGAUAUGUAGCUCCAAUGUUAUCAC